AUGAUUUGCAGUCGAUCCUUAUCUGUUACCUCCAAAAAAACAGGCAAUGCACAAAAGACGAUUGACAGCUCAUUACUCAGAUUUGACCCAAUCACUAACCAGACGUCUAGUAUUAGUAGUCGAUGUGCUGAUAUGGAUGCGGAACUACCUUUGCAACUAGGUGUCCCCAAAGCUAUUCUCGAAAGCGUAAUCUUUUGUCAUCAAGAAGACAGUAAUUGGCCGUUUGCUGAAUCUGCUGUACUCAAAAAGAAGUUCGACGAUAUUUUUGACUCCAGACGAUACCAAAGUGUAUUAGAUAACAUCAAGAAUGUUCGCAAAGAGAAAAUGAAUGAUGUGAAUAUUGGAAAUGCUCGUUUGGAAGGUGUAAAAUCCGACACGCUGAAAGCCAAAAAGAUUCGAACGAACCUUACUCAAAUGAGACAGCAACUGGCGACAAAAUCAGAGAGUUUACUUACGGUUGAAACCAAAUUGGAGCGUGUGCAAAACGAUUCUGGACGAUUAAACGAUUUGUUCCGAACAUUAAAUUUAACUGCAGAUCAAAUCCAACAAGUGAUUAAUAAGAGGGAUUUCUUUCAAAGUACUUUAAAUUCAUUGGAGACGCAUAUCACGCCUCGCCCUGAAUCCACAGAAGAACUGCAGAGAAUGCUAAACAACCACCGCAGCAGCCAAACUGCCACUAAUCAGAAAAAAUCCCAAAUCCACGAAGAUAAAGCUAAACUGGAACGUCAAUUGAACAAGGCUCGACAGGAUUUAGCACAAAAACAUACCAUCAUGGGUCGUUUGGAUGCCAAUCGUGAAGAGUACGAACGACUGAUUCGAUCCAGAGAAGACAUGAUCGAGAAAAUCAAUGUAGAAUACGGCAUGGACCUGCCUGUGGAUGAUGGUCUUAAAACAGCUGCAGUCUUGAAAAAGGAUUUGGGUUUGAAAGCUUCAAAAAUUGAACAGGCCAAAAGUGUGGCCAUGACAAAACAAAACGCUCUUUCUGAUGAAUUGCAGAUAUUGAAAAGUAAGAUUUUAUCUAUCCAAGAGAGCAAAAAGUAUUUGAUGGAUCGCAUCCAAGACGAGAAAAUUAAAAUUAAAGGACUCAACCAAAAGAUCGAGAGAUUGCAAGCCAACCCUCGUGAAAUGGAUGAAGUCAAAGCAAAAAUUGAAGAAAAUAACGCCAAAUUAAGAAAGUUAAAUGAAGUUGCCAGAGGAGGAAACAGAACUGAGUUUAUCCAAAAGGAACAUGAACUCCGUGAGCUGGAUGCUCAAGUGAGUGUUCUUAAUGAAGAAUUAUCUACUCUAAGUAAACAAGGCGAUAUCAGAGCCAAGCUAUCCAUCAAGCGUGCUGAUAAAGAGUCUAAAGAAGCUGACAUGACAAAACUCUAUCAAGGCCGUAUCAGUGAUGUUGAACGUUUACUCAACUCAAGACCAUCCAUCGAGAAUAUUGAAAAGGAACUUCAGGCUUUCAAAAAGGAGAAAGAAAGAAUGUUACGCAUCGUGAUUGAAAGAAGAAAUACCACUCAACGUGAGUUAUCCAAGACAGACGGUAAAUUAAACAUGGUGCGUCAAAAUUUGGUGGGUCGACAAAGAGAGGCAGACAAAUACAGUAAUAUGUGUAAACAAGUGUGUGGCGAUAGAGAUGUUGCUGAAGAAUUGAAAGCUACAGAGUCAAAAAUCGAAGAAAUCAAAGAACGACUCUGUCACUUAAGUGCUGUAAGCUCCAUCUAUGAAAAAUACAUUAAAGGUGCAACUGACGCAAAAUGCUGUCCCUUGUGUGUUCGUGGUUUCAACGAUGAACCCGAGUUGGAGGAAUUCUCUGCCAAACUGCAGCAUAAAAAACAAGGCUUCCCGGUCAUCCAAACUCAAAUGGAAGCUACCUUGGCCAAAUUAGAUGUCCGUUUGACAAAGUUGAAAAGUGUACAAGGUGCCUGGAUUAAAUUAGAGCAAUUGAAAAGUGAUAUUGCAGGUAUCCAAGCCACUGUGGAUUCUUUAACUGCAGAGAAAGAAACGGCCACCGCUAAAGCCGAGAUCGCAGCAACGGAACAAGCGGAAGUGGAUGAUGCCAAAAUCAAAGCUGAUAGACUGCUAAUUGUGGCAGGCAAUGUUUCACGAAUUUACAAAGAGGCUCAAGCAGCUUCGAAGGAAGUUCAAGCCAUCGAGACAGAAUUGGAAUUUGCGGGUGGCUCAACUCGCACCAUUACGGAUUGUCAAAGAGAUCUAGAGCAAGUGUCGGAUAAAAGUAAACUUGUACGUCGUGAUCUUAAGAGAAUUCAAUCAGAUAUUGACAGUUCAAGACUCCAAGCUCAAAUGAUUGAAAAGACUAUCAGAGACCAUGAAAAGAGUUUAUCGGAACUGGAACAGAAUAUCAAUUUUAAGUGUGGUUUGGAGUUCCAAUUGGAAGAAUAUAACGAAACUUUGGCGAAACAUAUAGAUGAAUGCAAGGCUGUACAAUUGGAUGUCGAACCUUUGAAUGAAAAGAUCGCUGAAGCAACUCGUGAAUUUGAUCAAGAAGUACAAUCUUGGAAAAGAGAAGAAGAAGAAGCGUCUAACGAAGAGCGUCAAAUGUCUCGUCUUGUGGAUCGUCUUGAUGAACUUAAUACUAGUAUAUCCAGAAUUGAGGCUUCAAUGGGUCGUAACAAAACGGAUCAAGUCAAGAAGGAAACACAAGCAAUCGAAUCCCUUUGUGAAUCAUUGAAAAGUCAAAUCAGCGAUGCCGUAGACCGUUUAUCCAUGAUUGAAAAGGAUGAAGGCGACAAACGUGGUAUCGAAAGAGAUUUGGAAGAUCAAAUUAGAUACAGACAAACUGAAAAGGACCUAAAACAGUGUGACGAAGAUUUAGCUGAACUUGAAAGAAAUCAGGGCGAGCACAACUUGAAUCAGAUGAAGAGGGAUUUAAGGCGACUUGAGGAAGAGGAAAAUAUCCUGGUUGACAGACGUGGAAGCAUUCGAGGUGAAGUUACUCAACUCAAGGAUCAAAUCAACAGAUACGAAGGGGAAUUAAGUACUGAUUAUCAAAACAUCGAUGGUAUCUAUGCCAAAAUGUUUAUCACUGUUAAAACUACCGAGCUUGCGUGUAUAGAUUUGGAAACAUACUCAAAAGCCCUGGAAACUGCCAUUAUGAAAUUCCAUAGUUUAAAAAUGGAUGAUCUGAACAAAGUUAUUAAGGAUUUAUGGUAUAAAACGUACAAAGGAGGAGAUAUUGAUCAUAUCGCUAUCCGAGCUGAUAAUGAUAACAUUGCAAAAAACAGAUCUUUCAAUUACAGAGUGGUGAUGAACCAAAAUGGAAAUGAACUUGAUAUGAGAGGCCGUUGUAGUGCAGGUCAAAAGGUCCUAGCUUCUAUCAUCAUCCGUCUUGCCUUGGCAGAAACAUUUUGUGUAAAUUGUGGUUUUUUCGCUUUGGAUGAACCAACUACCAAUUUGGAUUAUCAAAACAUUAUUAGUUUGGCCGAAAACCUCAAAGCUAUUAUCACGUCAAGAAAGGAACAAUCGAACUUUCAAUUAUUGGUCAUUACACACGAUGAAAAUUUUGUUGGAUAUUUGGGCGGAAGUGGUAACUUUGAUCAAUACUAUAGGGUAACCAAGGAAAAUGGGUAA